AUGGCCGACGGCCAGAUCAACGACGGCUCCAGCGUCCAGUACGGCAAGACGCAGUACUGGGACGAGCGGUACACGGAGGACCCGGCCCAGUUCGACUGGUACCUGCGCUGGGCGGGCCUGGCCGUCGUCGUGCAGAAGCACGUGCGCAAGAACGUGGACACGAUCGUCCUCGGCUGCGGCAACUCGCGCAUGGGCGCGGACAUGAUCGACGACGGCUACAAGUACGUCGACAUCUCGCUCGUCGUCGUCAAGCAGAUGCUCGAGACGUACAAGGACUCGGGCCUCAAGGGCCUCAAGUUCAUCCACGGCAACGCGUGCUCGCUCGAGUUCCCGGACGAGUCCUUCGACGGCGCGAUCGCGAAGGCGACGAUGGACGUGCUCAUGUGCGGCGAGGGGUCGACGUCGAACGUCUACGCCAUGUGCCACGAGGUGAGCCGCGUGCUGCGGCCGGGCGGCGUCUUCUUCGUCGUCAGCCACGACCCGGGCUACCUCCAGUACCUCGACCCGGAGCAGGCGAACCGGGAGUUCGGCUGGAAGGUGACCAUGGACCAGAUCCCCAAGCCCGUCAUGAACCCGAAGAACCCCGCCGUCGACGAGAAGGGCCGGCCGCUCUACCACUACGUCUACAUCUGCAAGAAGAAGCUCUCGGAGCACGGCGCGUCCUGA